GUGAUGUGAACACAUUAAAUCGGCUUUCUUAACGGAUUAAAAAAAUAUCCCGGUGGUCUGGCGUUCAAGUUUAUGGAGGAAUGACACUCAAAGGUCUGCGGAGAAAAGUUGAAAACGGGAUCAUUUGACUCAAGUGUGGAUGAUCACACACAGCCAUGGUGACUAAAGGAUCUUUGCGGAUAUCUGAAUGAAGUCAUUGUGCAAUGGGGACUCGGAGAAACGGCUUCAGCAAACGAGAGACGUUCAUUCUCUCUGUUGAUGUGGGAACAACCUCCAUCAGGUGCCAUGUGUACGAUAAGAGCGCCAGGAUCAGGGGGUCCUGCUCCACGAAGGUGUCCCUGCUCUAUCCUCAGCCUGGAUGGGUGGAGAUUGACCCCGAGGAUCUGUGGAAAGGGUUUGUGACUGUAGUCAAAGGAGCAGUUCAAGACUCGGGCUUACAGAUGUGCCAAAUGGAAAGUCUUGGCAUCUCAACCCAGAGGGCAACGUUCAUCACAUGGGACAGAAACACGGGAGAACCGUUUCAUAAUUUCAUCACGUGGCAGGACUUGAGGGCAGCCGAGUUGGUGAGAUCGUGGAACAGGUCGUGCACUAUGAAGACGGUACACGGAGUGAUGAAGAUGCUGCACUUCCUCACCAGGCAGAAGCGGUUCCUUGCAGCCAGCCUGGUAGUUUUUACCACCCAGCAUGUGUCACUGCGUCUCGUCUGGGCCUUGAACAAUAUCCCUCAGUUGCGACAGGCAGUCGAAGACGACUCCUGUUAUUUUGGGACCAUAGACACCUGGCUUCUGUACAAACUGACUAAAGGACUGGUUCAUGCUACUGAUUACUCUAAUGCCAGUGCAACAGCAAUAUUUGAUUCCUAUCAGAUGUGCUGGAGUGGAUUUCUUUGCUCACUCCUCUCUAUACCUCUGUCCAUCCUCCCCAGUGUGCAGAACACCAGUCAUAAAUUUGCCACAUGUGAUCCUUCCAUAUUCGGGGUGCCCAUCCCAGUCAUGUCUGUUAUGGCAGACCAACAAGCAGCCAUGUUUGGAGAAUGCUGUUUUGACAUUGGUGAUGUGAAAAUUACUAUGGGCACAGGGACCUUCAUGGACAUCAAUACAGGAAACAAACCACACACUUCUGUAGCUGGCCUUUAUCCGCUGGUGGGUUGGAAGAUCGGUGCUGAUGUUGUGUAUCUGGCUGAAGGUAAUGCUGCUGGAACAGGUGCAGCCAUUAAAUGGGCCCAAGAUCUAGAGCUCUUUUCUGAUGUGAAGGAGACCGAGGCUAUAGCCACUAGUGUGGAAGACGCAGACGGCGUGUAUUUUGUGCCUUCUUUCAGUGGCUUACAGGCCCCUCUGAAUGAUCCUAAAGCUUGUGCCUCUUUCAUGGGCUUAAAGCCUUCCACAACCAAGAGACAUCUUGUUCGAGCCAUUCUGGAGUCCAUAGCAUUCAGGAACAAGCAGCUCUUUGAUAUCAUGCUUCGAGAAACCCGUAUUCCUAUCACUAAAAUCAGGGCAGAUGGAGGUGUUUGCACCAAUAAUUUCAUCAUGCAACUCACAGCCGAUCUGUUGGGGCGCAAGAUAGAACGUCCAAGUCACUUUGACAUGUCCUGCCUUGGAGCUGCUUUUGUUGCAGGACUAGGAACAGGCUACUGGAGGAACCAAGAAGAGCUGAAGAAGCUUUUGACCACUGACCAACAUUUCCUUCCCCAAAGGAGUAAAGCAGAUUGGGACAAGGGCGGCCCAUACAGAGGUGCACUGCAGAGCUGGGAGAGGGCUCUUCAGCGCUCCAUGCACUGGUACAGCCAGCCCUGAGUUACCAGAAUACAGGUCUCUUCUGUAAACUCCAUGCUCAUGUCAACGGGUUUAGGGCAGUACUCUCUGUAACGGAGAAAAACACUUGAACAGUAUGAUGCAAUUUCCAAUCUGGAUUUGGAAACCUGCAUAUCAAAGGUUAGUUACAGUUUUGGCAAAUCACGGGGGAUUUUACAGAUUUACAACUUGUUUGUGUAAAUCCAAAUCACCCAGUUGUGGAUCCAGUGAUAUGAUGAUGAUGAUGAAGAUGAUGAAGAGGCAGGCUGCAGCACAUUCCUACUCCUAGUAUUAUGAUUUUGCCAAUCAAUAUUUUAGUCAUUAGGCACUAAAAACCUAUCAGUGCCUUAAUCAGACUACCGUUUUUUUGUUGUUUUGUUUUUUUAAAUAUGAACACAAAUUUAUUUAACUGGCUAUGUGUUAACACAGUGCAUCCAUGUUAGUGUAUAGUAAUUUAUACAAACAUUCAUUAAUUCUUUUGUAAUUUAGACAUGUAAUUUUUGUUAAUUUUUUCUAAUUGCAUAUAUAGUCUUGGCAUUGUGUAGGUUAUUUUUUUUUAUCAAAUGUACCUCAUAAUACAAAAUGAAGGCUCAAAACAUGCAAA